AGGUUAUUUUAGACCCCAGAGGCAGUCGGUGCCGGCAGGACCACACCUCCGGCCCUUGUUGAUGGCCCUGGCUCUCAUUCCUAGCAGUGUGAUCCCAACCUCCCGGGAACACCUCCCUAACAUCAGUCAAAAGAAAUUCUCAUCUUACUCGCGAGGCCUUGGGCUGACGAAGGGCUGAAGGUCUUAACUUUUAAGGACAAACUACAGUAAAUCACAAUGAUAGGACUACUCAGAGGGACGCUGGUGGCUCUGGGCCUCGUAUUGCUGGCGGGCCAGGCUCUUGCUCAUAGUGCUAAGGCCGAUGUUAUCGAGGAUGUAAAUGCUAAGCAGCUGGAAAAUCUGAUUGAUGAGAAUGAUUAUGUGGCAGUGUAUUGGUACAAGAGGAGCUGCAAGGACUGCGACAAGGUACUGUCUGAGCUGGAGACCAUCGACGAUGACACCGACAGGUUCGGCGUCCACUUCGUCAAGGUGGCCGACAAGAAACUGGCAAAGUCUUACGGUAUCAAGAUCUUUCCCGCUCUCUCCUUCUUCAGAAACAAGGAACCCAUCCACUAUGACGGUGACUUGAUGGACGAGGCGAACGUGCUGGAGUUUCUCACCAGCCUAGAGGCCAUGGAGCUGCCAGACCAGAUCGAGGAAGUCAACGCCAAGAUCCUCGACAAGAUCGUCGAGGAGCAGGAGUUUGUCGCUGUCCUCUUCUGUUACGACGGAGACGCUUGCAACCAUGGGGAACACAAGAACGAGUGCCGGCGCUGCGUCAAGGCCUUGCAGGAACUGGAAAACGUGGACGAUGACGCUGACCAGCUGGGCAUUGCCUUCGUCAAGAUAAACGACCCUGAGCUAGCAGACGAGUACUCCUUAGGUGCGCUUCCUGCCCUUGUCUACUACCGCAGGCGCAUCCCCGUCGUCUACGAUGGUGACCUGAUGAACGAGGACAAGGUGCUCGAGUGGCUGGUGGAGAACAAGAACACCGGCGACGACGAUGAUGUUAUUGAUGACGUCACACUGGGUCUUCUCAAUACCCUGAUCGACUCGUUGGAUCACCUCGCCGUCAUAUUCUACGACCGCGACGAAUCUGAUGAUACGCAGAUUCUGCAGGAGUUGGAGAAUAUAGACGACGAACUCGACUCUCACGGGAUUCACAUCGUCAAGAUCGCCGACGAAGUAGCUGCCCGCGAGUAUGGUAUUGAGAAUACGCCUUCGCUUGUCUACUUCGAAAACGAGAUGGCAGUGGCUGCGUUACGAAGGAUCCCCUCCCUCUAUGACGGUGACCUGCGCAACGAGGAGGAGGUACUCGCCUGGCUUAUUGAACAGCUCCAGACAGACGAGAUCGAGGACGUGACCGACGAGAUGCUUGACAAACUUAUCCGCGAAGCUAACCAUCUGGCCGUUCUCUUCUACGACGAGGACGACCAGGAAUCCCAGCUGGUGGUGAAUGAAUUGGAAAACAUCGACGAUGAGUGUGAUGCUAAGGGCGUCUCUUUUGUCAAGAUCGACAAUGAUGAUGAGGCCAAAGAGUACGGCAUCGACAACCUCCCUACCCUCGUCUACUUUGAAAAAGGAGUUCCCUCCGUCUACUCUGGUAACUUGCUAGCUGAAGAUGAAGUGCUGGACUGGCUGGUUCAUCAGGUCGAGGAUGACGAGAUAGAGGACGUCACUGACGAGAUGCUCGACCGCUUGAUUGACCGCUCUGAAAACUUAGCUGUUCUCUUCUAUGACAAGGACAGCCGGAGAAGCAAGAAGGUGCUGGCAGAGUUGGAGAACAUUGACGACGAGUGUGACUCCCGCGGCAUCUUAUUUGUCAAAAUCGAUAACUAUGAGGAAGCUAAGGAGUACGGCAUCGACACCAUUCCUACACUCGUCUACUUUGAGAGCGAGAUUCCCUACAUAUAUGAAGGUGAUCUGAUGAAGGAGGAGGAAGUGUUGGAGUGGCUGAUCCAUCACAUGGAACACGAGGAGAUUGCUGACGUCACUGAUGAGAUGCUCGACAAACUCAUUGCUAAUGAGCCCUUCCUCGCUGUCCUCUUCUACGAUAAGGAUGACGCUGAGGACCAUGAGGUGCUGGCUGAGCUAGAGAGCAUCGACGAUGACUGUGAGCAGGCGGGCGUCCCAUUCGUCAAGAUCGACAACGACGCAGAGGCUAAGGAAUACGGCAUUGAGGAACUCCCAACACUAGUCUACUUUGAGAACAGAAUACCUAGCAUUUAUGAGGGCGACCUCUCUAACGAGCAGGAGGUGUUGGCCUGGCUACUCCAACAGAAGAACACCGACACCAUCGAAGAGGUCACUGACGAGAUCCUGGAUGAUCUUAUCGCCAACUUCGAAUACGUUGCUGUCUACUUUAGCGGAAAGUGCGAGGAGGGCCAGAAAUGUGACAAGAUCUUGGACGAGCUGGAGAACAUCGACGACGACACUGAUGAGCAUGGUAUGCACUUCGUCACCACCGAGGAGACCAGCCUGGCCCACGAGCACGGUGUCAAGAGCUUCCCCGCACUCGUGCUCUUCAGAAACGGCGAGCCCGUCAUCUAUAAAGGUGACAUCAGUGAUGAGGACGCUGUACUCAGAUGGCUAACGGAUGACGACACGCUGGAGAUACCAAACCAGAUUGAGGAAGUAAACAAGCGCAUGCUGGAGCGAAUCCUCAACACAUCAGAAAAUGUUGCUGUCUACUUUUAUGCUGAAAAUGACAAGAAGAGCAGGAAAAUUCUCACUGAACUAGAGAAUAUCGACGAUGAAUGUGAUGACAUCGGCAUUGACUUCGUAAAGAUAUCUGAUGAUGGUAUAGCAGAAGAAUAUGACAUAGUAAGCCUGCCAGCCCUCGUAUACUUCAGAAACCGCUUCCCUCAGAUAUACGAAGGUGACCUGAAAGACGAGGAGGCACUUUUAGAAUGGCUUAUAGACAAUAAGGACAAAGGUCCAGCCUCAAUUAUUGAAGAAGUUGAUGGAAAAAUGUUACAGAGCCUGGUGGACGGCUUCGAGUACCUCGUCGUUUACUUUUACGACGACAACUGCCCGACGUGUGAGACUGUCCUGGCCGAGCUGGAGACCAUCGAUGACGAGACGGACGAGGUGGGCAUCCAGUUCGUCAAGACCAACGACGUCGAUGUCGCUGAAGACCUAGGCAUCACUCAUUUACCAGCCCUCGUGUACUUCGAGGGUGGAGUGCCUAGCAUCUACGAUGGUGACAUCGCAGGGAAUGAGGAAGUCUAUUCUUGGCUUAUAGCGGAGACACGAAUACUAGAGAGCCCUCAGGUAGCCUUGAAUUUGCGGCAUCUAUUAGAGGUAGAUGAAGAGGCAGGCGGUGAAGGUGAUAUCCAGGCAGAGGAGGAAGUGUUGGAGUGGCUGAUAAAACAGCGUCACGAGGACACCAUCGAGAAUAUUAACCGCCAGAUGCUUUACACCCUUAUCGAUACUCAAGACUACCUCGCUGUCUACUUCUUUAAUGAGGAGAAUGACGAGUGCCCUAAGGUGCUGCGGGUGCUGGAGAAGAUUGACGACGAGGCUGCAGAAUAUGGCAUCCAGAUGGUGAAGAUGAAUGACAGACUCAUGGCCAAGAAAUAUGGCUUCAGGAAUCCUCCAGGAUUGGUUUACUUCAGGAAGGCUAAGCACAUUAAAUAUGAUGGCGACCUCUACGAUGAUGAAGACGUGUUGGACUGGCUCACCGCCCCGGAGAAUAUGGAACUCAACGAUGCCAUUGAGAAAGUUAACCGGAAAAUGUUCGAAAGGAUCAAACAAACCACAGAUUACCUGGCUGUCUUUUUCUACGCUGAGGAAGGGUGCAAGCAAUGCCAGAAGGUACUUGCCGAGCUGGAAAACAUCGACGAUGAAGCUGACGCCAACGGGAUUGACUUCGUUAAGAUUGACGAUCCUCAGUUGGCAAAGGAAGUCGGUGUUUAUGCCCUCCCGGCCAUCGUGUUCUACCGCGCCGCUAGCGAGGAACCUAUUAUUUAUGCUGGUGACAUGAAAAAUGAAGAGAAUCUCCUAUCAUGGCUAUUAACGGAGAAAGACCCAACUGCAGACUUCAUCGAGGAUAUGGAAGGUGCUGCUCUUCAGCGAGUCAUCAGAGAUUCUGACGCCAUUGCAGUUUACUUCUAUGAUUUAGCUGCAUGUGGCUGUAAAGAGACGGAGCCUGAAACUGAGAAGAAAAAGAAGAAAAGGAAGGGAAAGGCAGAAGAUCCAGGAGAAACAAACACUGAAGAUUCGAGCUGUGAGUCGUGCAAGCAGGUGCUGGAGGAGCUGGAGAACAUUGACGACGACACAGACCGUAUCGGUGUCAGCUUUGUCAAGACUCAGGAUACUAAAGUAGCGGAGCGCUACGGUGUUAUGUCCCUCCCAGCGCUACUCUACUUCGAGCACCAGGUUCCCACUGUGUAUGAAGGCGACCUACUGGCAGAGGAGGAUGUGCUUCAGUGGCUCACCCUUCAGAAGACUGAGGACACCAUAGAGACCAUCAACAGGAACAUGUUGGAAGUGAUGCUCGAAGAUACUCAGUACCUCGCCGUCUUCUUCUACAAGCCCAACUGCCGGGCCUGCGACACUGUGCUUGCCGAGCUGGAAAACAUCGACGAUGAGUGCGACUUGUACGGCAUUCAUAUGGUGAAGAUCCAGGACGCUCAGCUGGCCAAACGCUACGGCAUCAAGACCCUCCCUGCCCUCAUUUAUUUCAGGAAUGGCAACCCCCUUAUCUUCGACGAUGACAUCACCUCAGUGGGCUCGGGGGUCUACGAAUGGCUUUCUGAUGACGAUAAUCGUAAAUUGGAAGGUGACAUUGAAGAAGUUAAUAAGAUAAUGCUCUACGCAAUCCUUGCAAGGAAACCAUAUCUUGCUACUCUGUUUUUGAACGAGGACGACUGUCCGGACUGUGAGCAGGUUCUGCAGGAGCUGGAAAAUAUCGACGAUGAGGUCGAUAUGUUCGGAAUCGACUUCGUGAAAAUCAACGACCCAGAGGCUGCCCAGAGAUUCAACAUCCUACACACACCUGCACUCGUCUAUUUUAGAAAGAAGACGCCUCUCGUAUACGACGGUGAUCUGCUAGAUGAGGAAAAGGUGUUCAAGUGGCUGACAUCGCAAGACGUAUUUGAAAUUAAAGAUGAGAUCGAGGAGGUGAACCGUAAAAUGCUGGAGAAGCUCCUUGACGAGAAUGAUUUCGUGGCGGUGUACUUCUACGAAGACAACGCCAAGAGUGAGGAGGUGCUGCAGGAGCUGGAGAAGAUUGACGACGAAACCGACGACCUGGACAUUACCUUCGUCAAGAUCCGUGACACUCGCUAUGCCAAGAAGUAUGGUAUUCAGAAGCUACCGGCGCUCGUCUACUUCAGAAGACGGUUCCCCAGCAUUUACAGAGGUGAUCUUAUGGUGGAAGAGGAGGUUUUGGAUUGGCUGCAAAAAAAUAGGUUUAAGCACCCUGAACUGAACCUCUUCAUGUACGCCACAGGGGCUAUUACCUUCGCCUUCAUUAUGUACACUUUAUUCCUCAUCUUCUGCUUCAGGAAUCCUGCCCACCAGAAGGCAGCGUGAUUACUGCUUGCGACAGGUUCUUGGAUUAAACUUGCUGUAUAUUUGUUUUAAUUAUAUACACGUGUCGUUAAAAAUCUUAAAAUUAUAUAGAUCCAACGCUUAAUGAACUAAAGAAAUGUUUUAUAGAGACUUGUCAUGUUUUACAUGCGUGGAAACACUUAAAAGGAUGAAAACAACUUUGAAGGCAUUGGUGAAGUUAAUCAACCCUACUGCGGCUGUAUUAUAACUUAACAUCGUGUUCUUCAGCUUUAAAAUAAUUUAACAAUAGACUUGGAGUUGUAAUUAAAGUGUUUUAAGUCAGCUUAAUAAUUUGUUGAAUGUAUAAUUGUUGAUUAUUGUGAUAACAAUAGGCGAGACGUAAGUGUGAUGAGUAGCUCUUGUCACACCCAAAUUUUCUAAUGCCCCUAAAAUAGUGAUCUACAAAUUUUAAAUCACUAAGAUAAAGUACUAACACCAGCUGCUCCUUAUUGACAGUCAGUGCUUAAGCAGGACGUGCAAUACUGUGACUCCAUUAUGAAACGCACCUGUCUUUUGUAUAUCAGUAGUAUUCAAUACCGACAGGAUGAUGAAUUAAGAUAUAUGCAAGAUAUCCAGAUGAUGCAUAUGUGUCUAUUUCAGCACCUGUUAUUGCUGAAUAGCAUCUAGUAAUGUAAAAGGCUCUUUCAUGCCCUAAAGUCCGUCUGAGUGGGUAUUUCACAAGAGCCUUCAGGAUACUGAUCAGGAAGCAUAUCCUACCCAAGAAAAGAAAAUGUCUAAUUGUAAAAAUUUGGAAUUGCGUGGAUAAUAAUUUUUGUACUUUUUUCGUAAAAGUCAUCGCCGAAGAAACGCUAAAGUACUCGUUGCUUAAAAAAUUCCUUGUGUGUUAUCUGGAGUUUAUCUCCAGGUUCUGUUCGUAUUGUGUCUCGCGUCACCUUUCUUUGUCUUGGUGUCAAUUUAUGUGAUUUAACUGUAUCUUGACAUGCAUGUUGUGUGUCUUUUGCCCUAAAAUAUGAAAUUUAAACCUGUUCAUUGCGUUGCCUGAUAACUGAUGCUCAGUGUUCCUGUUGAAUUUUGAGUAUACACAUAAACUUCGGUACACUUUUGGAGAAUUAUUAUUAUGAUCUCACAUCGAGGUCUGUAAGCAGAUCAGGAAGAACAUACUAUAUGCCCACUUACCUGAUUUCAGCCUUUUAUAAACAGAGUUAAAGUGGUACUUUUCAUUAGUCAUUGACUGUGAGGAGUUAGGAUUUAAGGUGGAUGAAUACCCAGCAACACAAGUGGCGUCACUUAUGGUUCUGGUACAUUACGAGUAGUGCACGACUGAUGAUGCAGGUCCUUUACAAAGGUGGGCCUCGGGAGGCGUCAGUUACAGAGAUACACAAGGUCGCUUGCUGCCAACCAACUUGAUUGCAUGUUCGCGGUGUUUGCGAACCUCGACCACAUUACCUGUCCAGUUUCACAGCUUUCAUCACUUUAACCCGUACAUCGUCCCUUAAAUGAAGAAGGCAUAAACCGGUCUCCUUGACCAUACCUCUCUUUUUUUUCACUGCUUUAACCAUCAACUUUCUGUUAUGUAGCGUGCUUCUCCGGUCAAAGCGUGUCUGUGUUUUACAGAUGCGUGUUUGGGUGCUGUAGAAGAAUCUUUAAGGCUGUAUCCGACUGAAGGCUGCCGUUUAUUCUCUCUGAAACUAAAUGACGUGCUGAGAAUAGACCAGAAUGUCCCAAUAAAACCCUGUUCUGUAAUGUGUGUUUUUUCGCGUCUUCCCUGGUGUUGUCAGCAAUCCUGAUGACCACAAACAGCUGCCUUCACCCGCCUGUUGAACUACAGAUAGUGGACAUUAACAUCCCGAAGGCAUUACCUAACCAGUUAAAUAGAAAAACAUGCAUUUCAGUAAGGGCGAGGCUGGUAUGUCUAAAAAAUCUGGGGCUGUUUAUGUUGGAAAACUCCAUAACUGCAGGAAGUGAAGAUAUUGAAGUGCGAUGUCUUACCCAGUGUGUCAGCCUGUUUGCGUAGGCAGUAUGUAACUGCCGUUGAGUUGACACUGACAGAUCAACCAUUCCCUUUGGAUAGAUACUGAGGGAGAAGAAGCGAGCAGUACUCUUAUGCACAAAGGGAGAAUGACGUUCAUAUGCUGUCUACAUAAUGCAGGUCAGCUUCUAGCCCAGGGUUGCCAUCUGCAGCAGAAUGAGCAUAAAGUUCACACAAUAAUAAGGUCGGCCUCUAGUCCAUUUAUCUCUAAAUACUAUUGAUUAUGCCCAACGUCCUACUUUUUUUUUUUAGCUCGUCUAUAAUCACUCGUUCUUGGAAGAUAGCUUAUUGUCAGGGGCCAUCUUGUUGGGUGCAUCUUGAUCGUAUUCUGGCGGAUUUCUGAUGUGGAGAGUCAGGAUCUUAAGUACAAGAAUACUCUGCUUCACUGGCCAGGGUUUGAUUAUGAAAAUAUCAUUCAAAUGCUAAUUUAGGGGAAAUUAUUUUAUUAUUCGACGAUUCACCAACAGUAGGGCUUUAUAUAGCCCACCUCUGAGUGAAACUUAUAAUAAAGAUUUUUCCUUUAAAAAUUGUUUUUGAAAUUAUCACUUGUUGGCUUAAACCAUUGUCUUAUAACGGAUAGCAUGUUACUAGCUCUGAGUUUUUGUUGUUGUUGGUCUUGGAGGUUAAGGGUUGUGACAACUCAGGUUACAUAAACUUUUCCCCUCAGAACACCGGAGGCAGUCUCAAAUGGAGUCAGCAAGUUCGCUCACUUAGCCAGUGGCUCGAAGGAGAACAGGCAUGCAUUCUUCUAUUUAAGGUGCUUCAGUUGCCAGGAAACACGUAUGUCUGAGGAAACGAGUAAACAGACUUGACUCGUAGCAGUUUUAACAUUGCAACUCGACAGUAUCGAAGGUAUAAAUUUAGAAAAGUUGCCAAGUGGAGCACAUUCCUUCAGUGUAUCAAUUCUCGUUUUACGUUUUAAACUCAUAUCCCCACUAGCAGUUAAAUCCUUCAUGGUUAUGUUGAUAAUGUUUAGAUUUUCAGAGGGCUACAUAAUUACAGUGCUGUGUAAUCUAAAAGAGUAAUCCUAAUAAAUAUUUUUCUCUACAAGACGUAAUAAACUCUUCUCGGGGCAAAAUCUAAAAUCUGUGAAACACAAGUCUGUGGUGGGACAUGCAAAUCAUGGAAAUAUUCUGCCGUUGCUGUAAAUUCUAACUUUCCUAGUGUGACUCGUUCAUUUUGAGCUACUGUUCAGUGAUUUUUUUUCUCCCGUACAAAUCAAUGGGGAGGCUGGUGGGAGUGCAGAUCGUGACAGGACAAUGAGAACAUUGUGGAACGAAGCCAGUUCACUUAAAUGCUUAGUUUGGUGUUGUAUUUAAACAGCUAAACGAUUAUAAAUUUUGGAAGGAAACUAUUCACAACUAAAAAUUUGUUCGUAGAUUGGCAACCAGUCAAACCAUACCACGGGCGGGGAUAGAACCCGCCCGUGGUAUGGUUUGUUUGCAAUCGUGUCAUUACGAUUUCGUGAGUCAUGGCAGCCAAUACUGAUUAUCCCACAAAUUAAUCAGGAUACGUUUUAAUCUUAUCACGCAAAAGUAGUAUUAGGUUACGACUGUAAAUAGGUUACUAUGAAACAAGGAAUCUUCAGGUCUUUCGAAAAGUAGGCCAUCACGUAAGGUUAUAUACAUGAAUAUAUAGCCAAAAUCUUAUGUACCGCAAGAGAAGCUCAUAAAGCCUACACUUUAGGAUGCCGUUAAUUAAGGUAUCUCCUUAAUUACCAGCCUCUGGCCUAUCAGCCUGGAACUGUCUCUACCAUAACUGCCAUCUUAUACACAAACAAAGCUAUCCGACAAAUAGCACUAUAUAGUGAUACGUUGUAUUUAGAUGCUGUGGAAAACUCCGGAACGCAAAGGCAUGUUUAACCUUAGGGAUCAUAUAAAAUACUCACACCAACAGAGCCUCCCGUUUCUUGAAGAAGAAACCAACAUCUCACUUCUACCAUGCCUCUCUUAAUUAUCCAACACCAGCCCAGUGUCCUGUGGUUACUGACAGUUUGUUACCGUUGUUGCUUAAGUAGCGAGCACUGGUGGUACGCCAUGUUAUGUACAUUUUGAUUUAAAUGUAUAAUAAAGAAAUCUUUGUUA